AUGUCUGAAGAAAAAGAGCUAGAGGAUAUCACUAGUCAAUUUAGAGAAGAAUCUAGUUUACAGUCAGUGGAGGACCCUGAAACAUCAGAUUCAAUAAAGAAUGUUUCUAGUGGGGAACUUUCUAACCAGACUUCUGCUGCAGAAGAUACAUUUGAGUUAACAUCCUUGUCAGGAAGUAAAUCUAAGAUAAAUGAAGAACAAAGUGAAGAUCUUCAAUUUUCUGAAAAAAACAUUAGAAAACACAGCUCCCAAUCAACAACUGAAACUUCACAAAAUCCAUCAUUAUCAAAAACUGAGAUGAUUACAGCAGAUGAGUCUUUUACUGACUUCCUAUCUCAUGAAACAGUAGGAAAAAUUAGUCUGCAACAAUCUGAAGAAAAUCUUGGCUUAGGGUCGGAUAAAUUUACAAUUAAACUCAAGGAUCAAGGUUUACAAGAAUUACCUAAUAACAUUUUUAAAAACAAACUUGUAAAAUAUCUUUAUUUAGACAAGAACCAAAUUAAAAGUUUUAAAGAAGCAAACUCAGGUGAUCUGCUAGGACUUGAAAUUCUGUCCUUGAAAGAAAAUGGAUUAUCAUCAAUUCCACCUGAAAUCCAGUUACUUCAUAAUUUAAGAAUAUUAAAUGUCAGUCACAACCAAAUAUCACAUAUACCUAAAGAAGUAUCACAGCUUGGGAAUAUCAGGCAACUCUUUUUUAAUAAUAAUCACAUUACUAAUUUUCCUUCUGACUUAGAAAGUCUUGGAAACUUGGAGAUUUUAAAUUUGUCUAAAAAUAAAUUACAGCACAUACCAGACAAUCUCUCUAGUUUGAAAAACUUGAGGGUUCUCAAUCUGGGAUAUAAUCAGUUAACAAUAUUUCCUAAAGCAUUGUGCUUCCUUCCAAAGUUAAUUUCAUUAAACCUUACUGGAAACCUGAUAAGAAGUUUGCCAAAAGAAAUUAGGGAGCUUACAAAUUUAGAAAAACUUUUAAUGGAUCACAAUAAACUUACUUUUUUGGCAGUGGGGAUUUUUCAAUUGCUCAAAAUGAAAGAACUCCAACUGACUGACAAUAAGUUGGACAUAAUUUCAAACCAAAUCGAAAAUUUUAAGGAACUUAGAAUUCUACUACUUGAUAAAAAUUUAUUGAAAGAAAUACCGGAGAAAAUUUCCCACUGUGUAAUGCUGGAAUGCCUUAGCCUUAGUGAUAAUAAAUUAAAAGAACUUCCUAAAAACAUCUAUAAGCUUAAAAACUUAAGAAAGCUCCAUGUCAACAGAAAUAACAUAAUAAGAAUAACUGAAGAUAUCUCACAUCUUAAUAAUAUGCUCAGUUUAGAAAUUUCAGGCAAUAUAAUCACAGAUGUUCCCAUUGAAAUAAAGAACUGCAGAAAAAUCACUAAAGUUGAGCUGAGUUAUAAUAAAAUAACAUAUUUUCCAGUAGGUUUGUGUGCUUUAGAUUCUCUUUCUUAUUUGAGUUUUAAUGGAAAUUAUAUUUCAGAAAUACCUGUGGAUAUAUCUUUCAGUAAGCAACUGCUUCAUUUAGAAUUUAAUGAAAACAAACUUCUCAUAUUUUCUGAAUACCUAUGUUUUCUCAUUAAUCUUGAAUACCUCGAUCUUGGCAAAAAUCAAAUAAGGAAAAUUCCACCUUCUAUUUCCAACAUGGUAUCACUUCAUGUUCUUAUUUUACACUGUAAUAAAUUCGAAACUUUCCCUAUGGAAGUGUGUACUUUAGAAAAUUUGAAAGUACUUGAUCUUUCAGAAAAUCAAAUACAGAAAAUCCCUUCAGAGAUAUGUAAAUUAAAAGGAAUCCAGAAAUUGAACUUUUCAAGCAAUCAAUUUUUAUAUUUUCCUAUUGAACUGUGCCAACUUCAAUCACUGGAAGAGCUGAAUAUAGGUCAGAUAAAGGGGAAAAAGUUAACAAGACUUCCAGAAGAGAUAUCUAAUAUGAUGCAACUUAAAAGACUUGAUAUCUCAAAUAAUGCACUCAGAGAGAUUCCCCAAAAUAUAGGCGAACUGAGAAGUUUGGUUAGUUUAAAUGCAUACAACAAUCAAAUAAACAGUCUACCACCAUCUUUUCUAUCAUUAAGUGAUCUCCAGCAACUAAACUUAAGUGGAAAUAAUCUGUCAGUUCUGCCUAGUGGUAUCAACAAUCUUUCUUCACUGAAGGAGAUAAAUUUUGACAAUAACCCUUUACUAAGGCCACCAAUGGAAAUCUGUAAAGGAAAACAAAUGUAUACUAUUGUACAGUAUCUACAAAGGGCUGAUGAAAGAGAUGAAAAAAUAUUAGAGAAGAUCUUCACAGUAGUUGCCAACAACAUUACUGAGACAAAGUUUGAGUUUUUGUAUCAAAAAUUGAAAUUGGCAAGAUUGAAAACUGGUAUGUCUACAAAAAGUGCCACUUCAUUAAAUGAGAGAGUCUACCAAGCACUUCAUAAGUGGAAAAUGGAAAAUAACUUGUCGCUAACCACUGCAGCUUUAAAAGACCAGCUAACUCGGGCGCUAAUUAUGAUAGGAGCAUAUGAUAUUAUGGACAAAAUAACAGCUUUAGAACUUUGUACACGUAUAAUUAAAUUCUGA